UGUUAUUUCCUUGUGUGUCUUUGUUUUCUCUUUCACACCCACACACACGCAAAGACACACACACACACACGGGGGAGGAGCCUGCAGCCUUUAAAAGUGCAGAGGUGACGGCCUGAUGCGAUUUGGCUGCAGGUGAUCAUCAUGGCUAACUGGAUUAUUAACAAUGGAGUUACCUGUGUCACACUGGUGGUGUGGAUGGGCAUCAACAUAUUCCUCUUCGUCUGGUUCUAUCUGUUCUACGACUUGGGGGAUCAGUUCUUCUACACGCGACAUAUCUUAGGGUCUGCUCUGGCAUGGGCCAGGGCCCCCGCCGCUGUGCUCAACUUCAACUGCAUGCUGAUCCUCCUCCCCGUGUGCCGUAACCUGCUGUCCCUCAUCAGAGGCUCUCUCGUGUGUUGCAGUCGUAGUUUGAGGAAGCAGCUGGACAAGAACAUAGACUUCCACAAGCUGGUUGCCUACAUGAUCGCCUUGAUGACAGCCGUCCACGUCAUCGCCCAUCUCCUGAACAUGGAGUGGUACAACAACAGCAGACGAGGCCUUUACGACGAGCUAAGCACGGCGCUAUCCAACCUGGAGGACACCGACAACACCACCUACCUUAACCCCUUUCGGAGGACUGACAUAGAUCCACAGCAGAAUCCAUCUUACGUGGUCUUCACCACCAUUGCCGGCAUCACGGGGGUCAUCAUCACGCUGGCCCUCAUCCUCAUCAUCACCUCUUCCAUGGAGGUCAUCCGCCGCAGCUACUUCGAGGUCUUCUGGUACACGCACCACUUCUUCAUCAUCUUCUUCGCCGGCCUCGUCAUUCACGGAGCGGGGCGCAUCGUGAGAAGUCAGACAGACACAAAUCCGCCACACAACUUCACCCUCUGCAAGGACCGCAUUGCUGACUGGGGGCGGGUUCCGGAGUGUCCUGUCCCUCAGUUUGCGGGAGGCUUUCCACAGACAUGGAUGUGGGUCAUCGGGCCCAUGAUUUUGUACCUGUGUGAGCGCCUGCUGCGUCUUGUUCGUUACUUGCAAACAGUCCAAUACAGAAAGAUCGUCAUACGGCCAUCCAAGGUGCUGGAGCUGCAGCUGGUCAAGAGCGGCUUCAAAAUGGAGGUGGGCCAGUACGUCUUCCUCAACUGUCCGGCCAUCUCACAGCUGGAGUGGCACCCCUUCACCAUGACUUCCGCCCCCGAGGAGGACUUCUUCAGCGUCCACAUCCGCUCAGCCGGGGACUGGACCGAAAAACUCAUCAGCAUCAUGCAGCAGCUCCCAGAGGGGGCGCAGGGGCCCAAAAUGGGUGUGGAUGGCCCCUUCGGUACCGCCAGCGAGGACGUGUUUGACUAUGAGGUCAGCAUGCUGGUAGGCGCUGGUAUCGGAGUCACCCCCUUCGCCUCCAUCCUGAAGUCCAUCUGGUACAAAUUUAAAGAGUCCAACCCCAAGCUGCGUACCAGAAAGAUCUACUUCUACUGGCUGUGCCGUGAAACUCACGCCUUCGAGUGGUUUGCCGACCUCCUGCAGGUGCUAGAGAGGGAGAUGGAGGAGAGGGGCAUCGGGGAGUUCCUCACCUACAAGCUCUUUCUGACCGGAUGGGAUCAAAGCCAUGCCAAUCACGCCAUGGUGCAUUUUGACAAGGAGACAGAUGUGGUGACCGGGCUCAAACAGAAAACUCACUAUGGAAGACCCAACUGGGACAAGGAGUUUGAACAAGUCCGCAAAGAGAACCCCACGGCCGUGGUGGGAACGUUCUUGUGCGGCCCGGCAGUUCUGGCUACAGUCUUGGAGAAGAAAUGUGCCAAAUUCUCAGACGUGGAUCCACGCAAGACCAAGUUCUACUUCAACAAGGAGAACUUUUGAGAAACAAAAACUAUACAACAACACAGGUUUCCUUAUGCAAGAAGACCUGUUGGGGAAUGUCGCUCUCUGGUAAUUAUAAAGAACAGAUAAUGAGAAAGCUGCACGACAACCAACACCUGGGUGUGUAUGUGGAAAGCACACAUGCACACACUCAAAUUCACAACAAUGCGGGGUGUGUUGCUCCAUUGGUGCAUUCUCCCUUCUAGCACCAAUCUUUAUAGUUGAGUAAAUCUACAAAUCUCUGUUAGGAGCAAACUUAUGCAUUCAUUUAAACCAGGGGUGCCCAAAGUGCGGCCCGCGGCACAGUCUAAAAAUGUAAUUUAACAAGGAAACUUAAAAAUAAAAAACAACAGGAGCAAAAAUGGGAAAAUCAAUCAAAAGUCAAAAUAUUAAGAGAAGAGUUGUAAUCUAGGAAGGAAAAAGGCCAUAAUUUCACAAGAAUAAAGUAAUAGUAUGAGGGAAAAAAUGUCAUCCUAGUAGCAUGAAGUUCAAAUAUUAAAGACAUUUUUUUUAAGUCAAAAACAAUGAAUAAAGCUGCAAUUUUUUUAAACUUGGGUUGGGGGAACAUUUAUGACAUGAGAAUAAAGUGAAAAUAUUAGGAGAAGAAAAUAUACAAGAAGAAAGCUAAAAUAUUCAGAAACAAAUGGAAAAAAGCAGAAAUUUUUACCAGAGUAAAGUCAAAAUAUUAAAGAGAAAAAAUGUGUUUUCUAAUGGGGAAAAAGUUGGAAUACGAGGAAAAUAUCAUUUUAGUAACAAUGUUGAAAUAAAGAAAAAAUACUUUUUUUUUUAAAGAUAGAAAAUAUGGGAAUAAAGUUACAAUUACGAGAAGAAAAUUUACAAAAGAGAAGCUGAAAUGAAAUAGUUGGAAAAUAAAAACAGCAGAAAUAAAAAAAAAAAAAAAACAGCUGUAAUGUCAAAAUGUAAAAAAUUUUUUUAAAAAAGUCAUAAUCGAAAGAAGGACAGAAGUCACAAUUUUACAAGAAUAAACUCGUAUUAUUUAAAAAAAAAACAUUUAAUAGCAUUUUACCUACAUUACAGAUGUGAAAUGCUGUUUUUUUUUUUUUUUUUUGCUACAUAUAGCUUCUUAGCAUAUCUCCGUGUUGGUUUACAAAAUAUCAACAUGGCCCUUGCAUCCUUUCAUUUUUCAAUAUGUGUCCCUCCCUGGAAAAAGUUUGGACACCCCUGAUUUAAACUAAGGAAGCACAAUAUUUUUUUUUCCAAGCCAAUACCAUUAACUUUCUGUUUCUAUUGUUUUUUACAUUUAGAUUUAACUGUAAUUUGCGCACACCUGGCGGUAAGAAUGACUCAAACAAUAUUGGAUUUAACAAAGUGUACCUGUAGAUUAAUCAAUCAAAUUGAUCAAAUAUUAUGAUAUCAGUACUCUGUGGCGUAGCCAGACGUUUUUCAUUGGGGUGGCCAAGGUGAGACCAUUACUCACGUAGGGGUGGCAUUAAGUUGAUACCUAAAAUGUCUAGAUGGCCCGUGGGGUGGCUGGAGAGUGACCAGGGGUGGCCGUACACCCCUAAUUUAAACCAAGCGGGUCCAAAUUCCAGGCCACAGCUUUUGUAAUUGGUCCAUGGCAUAAUCUAAACUCAGGCCUAGGCUACUUUUCUUUUUCUAUUUUUCUAUUUAACAUCUUAGCAUACGGUCACCUACGAUAAACUGAUUUUAGCAUCCCUAAUAAUGAAAAGUUACAUUUUCUCUCUAUGCAACCCUCGUUGGCUUGGACACUCCUGGUGUAAUGUGCGUUUUCACAACAGAGGUAUGUUGUUAUUGUCCCAUGCAUUGUUUUAUCUUUGAAGUUUACGCUUGUUAAUGUAAAUGAAUAUUUCUUUUAGUUACAGCUGUAUCCUUUGAAGUAUGACCAAGGCAAUGUAAAUAAAAACUUAUGCACUUUGUACAAAAAUAAAAUAAGCACCCAUUUCUAAUAAGCUGUAAAUUAAUGAUCAUGCACAUUUGUGUUUUACCAGUAAAGAAAAUGGGCUUCUGCAAAAGCGUCAAUGAUUUAUUGCUGCUUGCCAAUGAAUAUCCUUGUAUUUGCUAUAUCAAGAGUGAUAAGAAAAGGAAGCAGGAAGUGCAGCAAGAAGAAGAAGAAAGCCAAGUGGCAAGUGUGGUAAAUGAUCCACUGAAGGGCACAUGUGUUUUUAAACUAUUCCAGGAAGAAUUUAAGCAUUUACAGUGAGGGUCAUAAGUAUUUGCACCCCCUGCGAUUUUGCAAGUUCUCCCACUUAGAAAAUAGGGAGAGAUCUGAAAUUUUCAUCAUAGAUGCAUUUCCACUCUUAAGAGACAUAAUCUAAAAAAAAAAAUAAAUCCGGAAAUCACAUUGUAUGAUUUUUUUAAUGAUUUGUAAAUUACUGUGGUUCAUAAGUAUUUGCACCCUUGAGAUAAUCUGUGCUAAUAUUUAGUGCAGAAGCUGUUUGCAAUUACAGAGGUCAAACGUUUCCUGUAGUUCCUCACCAGGUUUGCACGUACAGCAACAGGGAUUUUGGCCCACUCCUCUACACAAAUCCUCUCUAGAUCUGUCAGGUUUCGGGGCUGUCGCUGAGCAACACGAAGUUUCAGCUCCCUCCAAAGAUUUUCUAUUGGAUUUAGGUCUGGAGACUGGCUAGGCCACUCCAGAACCUUGAUAUGCUUCUUACGCAGCCACUCCUUGGUCAUCUUGGCUGUGUGCUUUGGAUCAUUGUCAUGUUGGAAGAUCCAGCCAUGACUCAUCUUCAAUGCUCUCUGGCUGAGGGAAGGAGGUUGUUGUCCAAAAUCUGACGAUACAUGGCCCCAUUCAUCCUCCGUUUAAUACAGUACAGUCGUCCUGUCCCCUUUGCUGAAAAGCACCCCCAAAGCAUGAUGUUUCCACCCCCAUACUUAACAGUAGGGAUGGUGUUCUUGGGAUGCAACAUGCCUUCUUUUUCCUCCACACACGACGAGUGGAGUUUGCACCAAAAAGCUUCAUUAUUGUCUCAUCUGACCACAUGACAUUCUCCCAUGACCCCUCUGGAUCAUUCAGAUGGUCCCUGGCAAACUUUAGACGACCCCGCACAUGUGCUGACUUCAACAGGGGAACCUUCAGUGCAAUGCAUGAUUUUAAACCAUUACGCUGUAGUGUUCUACUGACAGUAGACUUUGAAACUGUGGUUCCAGCUCUCUUCAGAUCAUUGACCAGCUCCUGCCGUGUAAUUCUGGGCUGAUUUAUCACUUUUCUAAUCAUGAGUGGUGCCCCACGAGCAGAGAUCUUACAUGGAGCCCAAGUCCGAGGUAGAUUAGCAGUCAUGUUUAGCCUUUUCCAUUUUCUAACAAUUGCAGCAACUGUUGAUUUAUCCUCACCAAGCUGCUUUCCAAUUGUUCCAUAGCCUUUUCCAGCUUUGUGGAGCUCUACUAUUUUGUCUCUGGUGUCUUUGGAAAGCUCUCUCGUCUUGCCCAUGGUAGCAGUUGGAUUAUGACUGACUGUGGGGUGCACAGGUGACAUUAAUGAGCCCAAAGGGGUGGUAGGUGGGUGGUUACUCGUGGGGUAAAGGUGGACUGACAGCUCUUGGAGAGUCAAUAUUAUUGCUGAUUCUCAAGGGUGCAAAUACUUAUGAACCAUAGUAAUUUACAAAUAAAUCAUUAAAAAAAAAUCAUACAGUGUGAUUUCCGGAUAUUUUUUUUAGAUUAUGUCUCCAAGAGUGGAA